GCCAUCCAAUCAACAUUUUCACAAUGUCAGCAUAGAUGGUGUUGUAGGCAUCUUUAUCAGAACUUUCAGGGCACCUAUCAUGGGGUGUUACUUAGAAGGUUGUUUUGGUCAACAACUAAGGCAUCUACUCCAUUCAUGUUUGAGAAGGAAAUGAAUGAAACGAAGGCCAUUAAUAAAGAUGUUCAUGAUUGGUUGCUUAAAAAUCCACCAAAAAUGUGGUUCAGACAUGCGUUUGAUUUUAGAUGCAAGAGCGACCACAUAACAAAUAAUAUGACAGAAUCAUUUAAUCAGUGGAUUUCAUCUGUUAAGAGUAAACACAUUCUUAUUUUAAUUAAUGAGAUAAGGAAGCAGCUACUUGAAGUGGUGGAACCAAGAUAUCGGAUGUGUUGUAUCUAUACAGGGAAUAUCACGCCAAGGAUUCAAAAGAUGUUGACUGUUAUAAGGACUGAAUCUAGAUGGUGUAUAGUACUUGCAUCUGGAUUAGAUGAGUUUGAAGUAACAUAUUGCAAUUAUAGAUCAGUAGUUGAUUUGAAGAAACGUUCUUGUGGAUGCAAAAUCCAGGAUGCUACAGGUCUACCAUGUAAGCAUGCGGCUGCCUGUAUUGAAAACAAGAGGAAAGACUUGAAAACUUAUUGUGAUGAAUAAUACAGUGUACAAAAAUAUUUGGAAGUAUAUAGAGACAUAAUUCAUCCACUUCCUGAUUUGGAUGAGUUACCAGAAGAACAUCCUAUGAGCAUUGUUCAGCCUCCACCCUUGAAGAGGUUAGUAGGAAGACCGAACACAGUUAGGAAGAAAGAACCUGGUGAAGGACCAUCCGGAGAAUUUAGGAAAAGGUCUUCAGGUCUUACAUGUGAAAGAUGCAAAGGUGAAGGAUAUAACAUCUGCACUUGCACAGGACCUUUAGUUCAGAGUAAAAAGUCUUCUUCUAAAGUGAAGAGAAAUGAAAUGAGUGGAAGUGAACUUGAGAGCAACUUGUCUGAAAUACAAACAAGAUCUUCACAGGCUUCUUCAAGCUGCAUAGUUGAUGAGAAUGUACAGACCAAGAUUAAAGCCCAAUUGAAAGCUAAAGAGAAUAAAAGGAAAGCAAGGAAGAAUGCAAAGAAGACAGAAAGUAGUAAGAAGAAUUGAACAGUAGGACAUGAGAGGAUAGCAAGGGUGCUUGGGAUUUGGUCUUAACUAAGUACAAUUAGGUAUGGAUGAUGUUUUAUGGAUGGUACUCUUUUUUUUUUAAUGUUAGUUGGAUUUAAUGGUUA